CCUAGACACACAUCCGGUGUGUAGUCCUGUCCAACAUGGCAGGUUCUAGGAGCAGUAAGAGAAACAGAGAAGAGGCUGAUAAAUAUUCUGUGCUGUUACCGACAUACAACGAACGGGAGAACCUGCCCCUGAUUGUGUGGCUGCUGGUGAAGUACUUUGGGGAAAGUGGAUACAACUAUGAGAUUAUAGUCAUUGAUGAUGGCAGCCCUGAUGGGACACUGCAGAUUGCUGAGCAGCUACAGAAGAUUUAUGGAGAUGAUAAGAUUGUGCUGAGACCACGUGCAGAAAAAUUAGGUUUAGGGACAGCAUACAUCCAUGGCAUUAAGCAUGCCACUGGGAACUUCAUUAUCAUUAUGGAUGCUGAUCUCUCUCAUCACCCGAAGUUUAUCCCAGAAUUUAUCAAGAAACAGAAAGAGGGUGGAUAUGACCUUGUGUCCGGAACACGUUACAGAGGAGAUGGAGGAGUGUAUGGAUGGGACCUGCGCCGAAAGCUCAUUAGCCGUGGGGCUAAUUUCGUCACACAGGUGCUGUUGAGACCCGGAGCGUCGGAUCUGACAGGAAGUUUUCGGCUGUAUAAGAAGGAUGUGCUGGAGUGCCUUGUAGAGCGCUGCGUGUCUAAGGGCUAUGUCUUCCAGAUGGAGAUGAUCGUCCGUGCUAGACAGCUAGGCUACACCAUUGGAGAGGUUCCGAUCUCGUUUGUGGACCGUGUUUAUGGGGAGUCCAAAUUGGGAGGAAAUGAAAUCGUCUCUUUCCUGAAAGGAUUGCUCACUCUUUUUGCCACAACAUGAUCCGAUUACCGGCUCUGUGUUCUGUUACGUGAUGUGGCAUGUAUGCAAAUAGUCUUAGCAUCGCCAUGCUGCACUCACCUGAUGCACUCUGACUGCUAGUUCUUGUCUAAUUAAAGAGAAAGAUGUCAAGUUUACAGAUUGUAGCUUUUGUGACACCUUUUGGUCCUGUAACAUAAGACACUAUGGAGUACUGACGUGGAGUAGUGUUGCUGUUCUGCUUUGAUUGAGGAAUACUUUUUUCUGGAGGUCUGGAGAUACUUUACAGGUAUAUUUGUGCAAAAAAAAAAUAUCAAUUUAAAUGAACCUUAAAAGGACAUGCACUAAAAUCUAUGAAAUGUUCUGGACCAAACCUAAGGAGUGAAAGAAAAUACUGGCAUCAACAUUCAAAUUCUAAGUCGUUAAGUAUAAAUGAUAUCUUUUUGGAGGGAUGACAUGCAUAACUUCACUUUGUUAAAGCAUAAAAUUAGUUAAAAGCUAAGUAAGAUGUUACAACACAUGCUAUAUUUUCAAUCAGCAUUAGUAUGCAGACUGUUGGAGUUGGUUUUACACCUUUUGAUGAUUAGUCACUGCAAUGACAUGAAUGUUGAGACAUUGCGUUGUUGAUAAAUAAAUAUUUUACAUGAUUUCUA